AUGCAGAUCAGUUUCAUUUGGAAAAGAAGACUGAAAAUGAAAAUCAAUAACCAAGAAUAUAUAAGAGAACGAGAUCAAAUCACAAGGUCAAAUACUCAACGUUGCGGGCUUGAUCUGAGAGAUGAGUGUUUUCUCAUGGACAAGUUUAUGGAGCCCUUUCGCACCUCACUUUCAGGCAGUUAUUAUAGUUAUAUGUAUUAUUGA